AUGGAGGCUGCACACGCUGCACAUGUUGCAGAUGAGGAAGAGCUCACUCAAAACCAUCCACAAACUCAGCCUGAUCAGAAUAACAUCAAUGAUGGCAACACUACAACAACUGCUUCAGCCCCUACUGUAGCCACCAUACCAGCAGCAACCAACCCAUGUACUCCACCAGCUAGUUUAGAACCAUCACCAGCACCAAAGAGGAGAGGCAGACCAUCUUUUGUUAGGGGCAAUACAGUUCCACCAAGAGGAAGAGGCAGCACCACUCGAAGAGGAAUGGCAGCCACUACAACAACUCCAACUCCAGCACAAAAUGCAGCAGCUGCACCACCACCCCCUGCUCAACCUAGUCUUGUCAGCCCUGAUGUUGGGUCUAGAUCCCAAAUUCCUGCAUCUCCAUCCAAUGUUGGGCCUCAGCCUCAAGGUCCAUUACUUAGGCCCAGUCUUCAGGCCCAACCUACAGCACCAUUUAGGCCCCCAAGUGUGACUAGGGAGACCAUGGCAGCAACAAGCCCAGCAACCCAGAGUAGGUUCACAGGCUUCAUGCCCACCCCAUCCUUGAAGAAGAAAAAGCCAUCCAGACCACCACCAUCAAAGACAUCAACAAAUGACAAGAAAUGA